AUGGCCCCCGUAACGUCUACGUCGCUCUCACGCACCGAGGCCAUCUCCCUCCUCUCCAUCUCCGGUGCCUCACUCGGCGUCAUUGCCAACACUUUUCACGAUGACGGCGAGCCGCUCAUCGCCUCGUCGGCCCUCUCGUUCCUGGCCUUCUCGCUCUGCUAUGUCAUGAUCCGCCAGCUGGGACCGCGCUUCAUUGCCGCAGGAUUCAGCGGCCGCGACAUGAGCAAGCCUUCGAGGCCCCUGCUGCCCGAGUGCAUGGGCGCUAUCUGUGCUGCCGUCUAUCUCAUGGCCAUCAUCGUCUUCAUCCCCUUCCCCUUUUACAAGGAUAUUGUCGCUGCCACCAGCGGUGGCGGCAACCGCGAUAUUGUUCACCACGUUGAGAACGUCAACCAGGGUCGGUUCCUACACCGAUUCCCUCACAGCAAGCUUGCCUCAUACCUGAGCGCCAUCAUCUCUCUUCAGACGACAGCCCUGCUAGGGAUCGGCGACGAUCUCUUCGAUAUACGCUGGCGCCACAAGUGGUGGAUCCCCGGCCUGGCCUCGAUCCCCUUGCUUGUCGUCUACUUUGUCGACUUUGACGUCACUAGCAUUGUCAUCCCGCUUCCUCUCCAGCCUUGGCUGGGUGAGCUCUUUGAUCUCGGCCCCCUCUACUACGUCUACAUGGCUUGCAUCGCCAUGUUCUGCCCUCAGAGCAUCAACAUGCUUGCCGGUAUCAACGGAAUCGAGGUCUCGCAGUGCGUUGCCGUCGCUCUGCUCCUUGCCUUUAACGACUGCCUCUACCUUUUCACGCCUUAUCCGCACCCGGCCACCGAUUCCCACCUAUUCUCCCUCUACCUCCUCCUACCCUGGAUUGGCGUCUCGGCCGCUCUCCUCUACCACAACUGGUAUCCGGCGCGUGUCUUCGUCGGCGACACUUACUGCUACUUCUCCGGCAUGGUGUUUGCCGUCGUCGGAAUCCUGGGCCACUUCUCCAAGACUCUCGGCCUCCUUCUCGUGCCUCAGAUCUUCAACUUCAUCUACUCGUGGCCCCAAAUCUUCGGCCUGAUCCCCUGCCCCCGCCACCGUCUGCCGCGAUUCAACGCUCGCACCGGUCUCCUCGAGCCCUCCGUGACCCCCUGGUCACCCGACCGCCAGCCCAAGCCGCUGAUCGCGCGGGGCCUCCAUAUACUCGCCCGUCUGCGUCUUCUCAAGGUCACAGUCGAUCCCAAUAACGGCUCCUUGCUCGAGACAUCCAACUUUACUCUUCUCAACCUAUGGCUUGUGUGGCGUGGGCCUCUGCGCGAGAGCCGCCUCGCGUGGGAGGUGACGUUGCUGCAGUUCGUCCUAGGUCUGUUCGGACUCUUUGUCCGCCACAAGCUCGCCCUCCUCAUCUUUAAGGAAGACAAUUGGGGCAGCACUUCUCAGCACUGA